AUGGCGCCCAAUCCGACGUCGGCAGCUGCCCGCGACAGCGGUGGCUCCGCCGCCGGCAAACACGAAGUCUCAGCAGCCGUCGCGGCGGCCAAGAAAGAAAAGCGAAUGGCAGCAGCAGCGGCCGCUAUGGCACCGCGAAUGCAGAGCCAGGUGCAAAAAUGGGCCAAGAUGACGGCGGAGCUGGGAGGCGGCGCAGACGUCGCGACGGGAGAUGGGGAGAGCGGCGAGGACGGCGGCGGAGCCACCGACGCAAGCGGCCGACCACGCAAGAAGGCGAGGCUCGGCACGUCGUCAGAGGGAAGCAAGAACAGGACCAAGACGGCAAAACUUGCAAAGACCAGCACGCUUCCGUUUUCCAAGCAGCUCCGUGCGCCCCACCGCCGCGACCGGUAUGUGUCCUUUGGCAUCGGGGCCGGCCUGGGGCGCAACUCAAUGGGCGAAAAAGCCGCUGCCGUGGCGACGGCGACGUCCUCGUUGCCGCCGACUUGUCUGCUUUGUCUCGUGCGCUUCGAUUCGCGCCAGCAGCUGCGCGAUCAUGAGGCACUGUCGUCGCGGCACCGGCGGCAGCUGCGCGAUGGCACUGCACGCAAGACUGCCUUACAUCGAUACGCCAAGAUUGCCAAAAACGAAGCUGCGGCGACCGACGCGGUAGAAUCGAAUGGAGACGACACAUUGGCCGACCGAGACCGCCAGGACCGCCAGUCUGGUUCUGGCCCCAAAAUCGAUCGACCGCCGGUCCAUAUCAAACGACUGCCCCGUCGUCGCGGUGACCUUGCGCCAACGUAUACCUCGUAUGCCGCGCCUAUACGAGUCCCGAAUUCCGGGGACGACAGUGGUGCCACUCUGUACCAUGCGUGCCUCCUGUGUGGGCGGCGCUUUCGAAGCCGCGCAAUGCUUCGUCUGCACGAACGUGAGAGUGCUCUGCACCGGGCGCGCACCCGCGAUCCAGCGUCUGUGGCGGCAGCCGUGGCGGCUGUCAACAAAGCUGUAGAGGAUGCCGACCUACAACGGAAGGACCCACCAAAGGAGGGAGACGUUGGGCCAGAAAAAGACGAGGGCAAUGUGCCCCCAACCACGACGGCUCCUAGACUCCACAUACGGCCCCUCCUUCACAUGCGACCGGCCGCACCGUCGACGGCAGGAACUACGACCGCACAAUACCGAGACCGGGCCCGCGAACGGCGCCUCGUACAUGGCGACAGUACCAAGGGCAGGUCGGCCGGCGGCAAGCGGCCCGGCAAGCACGAGGCAGGAUCUGCUGCCACGUCGACUGCUACCCCUUCCAAAGGUGCUGCUCUGCUUGGAAAGAUGGGCUGGACGGCCGGCCAAGGACUGGGCGCACAGGGCGGCGGUCUCACCGAAGCGGUCGCACUGGCUGCCUACCGGUCGGGUGUGGGCCUGGGUGCACAGGGCGGCAAACUAGGCGACGCGGCGGACGUGGCAGCGCGGCGGACGGAGAGCACAUAUGCAGACUUUGUGCAGCAGACGCGAGACACGGCGCGGCAACGAUUGAUGGCCUUGGAGCGAGAAGAGGCAGACGCAGCGGCGGCUGCUGCAGCUACUGCCGCUGCACAAGACGACGAAGACGCCAUUUUCAAGGAGGAGGAUUAA